UCCCAAUUAAGUCAUUGGUCAAUCACGCUCUCUCACGCGGUUUACUACAUUCUACUACUACUCUUCUACUAUAACUCCACCACGAUACUCGCACGUGCGACGCAAAUCCAGCACGCGUUUCCAAGGCCUCUCUCCUUCAGACAACGAUAAAUCUCUACUCGUGUCUUCACACUGCACCGUUUUCUUCAUCCUCCACCUCCCUCUUUCAUCUCAAACCGCCCAAUUCGCCGCCGUUGCGCUUCGCCCGAUAUGUCGGUCAAGACUAUUAAAGUCAGUAAUGUUUCCUUGGGAGCAUCUGAACAAGACCUUAAGGAGUUCUUUUCCUUUUCUGGUGAUAUUGAAUAUGUUGAAAUGCAAAGUCAUGACGAACGAUCUCAAAUUGCCUUUGUCACUUUCAAGGAUCCACAAGGUGCUGAGACUGCAGUACUACUAUCGGGAGCAACAAUAGUUGAUUUGUCGGUUAACAUAACUCUGGAUUCAGAUUACCGACUUCCACCUGCUGCCUUGGCAUCAUCUGUCACAGAGGGUAAAACUCCUGGCGGUGCUGACUCUGCUUUACGGAAGGCAGAGGAUGUGGUCACCGGCAUGCUUGCCAAGGGCUUUAUUUUAGGGAAAGAUGCUGUAAACAAAGCAAAGGGUUUUGAUGAGAAGCACCAGUUAACUUCAACAGCCUCAGCAAAAGUUACCUCUUUUGACCAAAAACUUGGGCUUAGCGAGAAAUUAACUGCUGGUGCUUCAGUUGUGAGUGAUAGAGUUAAAGAAGUGGAUCAAAAGUUUCAGGUUUCAGAAAAGACCAAAUCAGCAUUUGCUGCUGCAGAACAGAAAGUCAGUACCGCAGGGUCUGCUAUAAUGAAGAAUCGGUACAUACUUACCGGUACUUCUUGGGUAACUGGUGCUUUUAGUAAGGUUGCUAAGGCGGCUGGGGAUGUAGGACAAAAGACGAAAGAGAAAGUGGAAAAUGCAGAAGUGGAACAAAAUCGAAAAGUAGAAGACCAGUAUGCGCAGGUCCUUUCUGAGUCCCCCAAAGCAGCAGCAACGAGCGAACUGCACUCUUCCAAGCCCGCUCCUGCCCAGGGUUUGAUCCUUUGAUUUACUGCUUGUAUAUACAUUUAUUAAAAACUCCUGCAAAUUUGAUAUACUUGGACAAGUUUGCAGCUAUUUGAUUUACUUUUAUAAGCGUAGAGAAACUGAAUUUCCCAACAUUGAAAUGAUAUGCUCAUUAUCAUUGCCCAUUCACCAUGGAGAAAAAGAUAGAGGGAUGGAAGCUUUUCCAGUAUACUCGUGUCGUAUUGCAAAUUUUAUUAUGAGUUUUGUGAAUUUUUUACAAUUAAAAAUUAAUAAAGAGGAGAGUUUUAUUUUGAUGUUAA